GCUGCAGCUUAGAGGUGGAUAAAGUUCGUCUCCACGUUGGAAGUGAUAGAAAGUAUAAGCCGUAUUCAGGCACCGUUUCUAGUUUUUGGGAGGGAGGAUAAAUCAAAGAGGACGCUGGAGGUGUGAAAACACGGAGGCUCGGCGGCGGAAGAAGCAGAUUUCUGUUGUGGAUGACCGCACGGCGCACAAAAGAAAAGUUUUCUCAGGACACAAAGUUGUCAAGUGAGUUGAACUUCAACAAUAGACAGACUCUAGCGCAGGACAGUUGGGAGACUGUCACGGGACACAUGUAAACAGCCGACCAGGGGCUCUGUUUUUUAUUAGAGGAGAAAGAAACCCUCCCUCGGGGCGAUCAAAACUUUAUGUCCAGAAAAAUGGAAGCGACUUUCUACGACGAAGCCGUGAACGCCUCCAACUCUCAGCAUGACGGGACGGCGGUGUACGGCUUCAACCCCAAGACCCUCAAACAAACAAUGACUCUCAACCUGAACGACCCGAAAAACUUCAAACCCCAGCUGGGCGCCAAGGCCCUGGACAUCCUGACGUCCCCCGAUGUCGGGUUACUGAAGCUGGCCUCGCCGGAACUGGAGCGCUUGAUCAUCCAGUCCUGCAACGGGCUCACGACUCCCACCCCGACCCAGUUCGUCUGUCCCAAGAACAUCACAGACGAGCAGGAGGGCUUCGCCGAGGGGUUUGUGAGGGCUCUGGCUGAGCUCCACUACCAGCAGCAGAUACCCGCCGCGCACCCUGACGCACAGACCGGCGCGUCCGGGGGCGGUGGCGGUGGCGGCGGCAGCAGCAGCAGCAGCAGCAUGGCACCCGGCUCCGCUGCGUCUGAGAGCGGCGGGAUUCCCUACAGCUGCACGGUGCGCACGGAGCCGCCGGAGUACACAAACUUGAGCACUUUCAGCCGGGCCGCGGGCUCUGCACCUGCCAGCGAGAGGCACCCGAGUUACCCAGCCGCCCCGCAGCCGUCCCACAACCACAUGGACCACCAGCUGGCGGCCGCGCAGCACUCGCGGCUACACGCGCUCAAGGAGGAGCCGCAGACGGUGCCGGAGAUGACCGGGGACACCCCGCCGCUCUCCCCCAUCGACAUGGAGACCCAGGAGCGCAUCAAAGCGGAGAGGAAGCGCAUGAGGAACAGGGUGGCCGCGUCCAAAUGCCGGAAAAGGAAGCUGGAGAGAAUCUCCCGGCUGGAGGAUCGGGUCAAAAACCUGAAGAGCCAAAACACGGAGUUGGUUUCCUCUGCCAACGUCCUCCGGGACGAGCUGGCUCUGCUCAAGCAAAAGGUCAUGGACCACGUUAACAGCGGCUGCCAGCUCAUUUUGACGCAGCAGCUCCAAGCUUACUAGACUGCCAAGGGGGGGAUAAAAAGAGACAUUGCUUGGGGACCAAAUGCAGCUUCAAGUGGCCUGUUAAAGCCUUUCAGGGAAAUCCCUGCGUCUCAGUGCAUGUUUCUCACCAAAUGAUCCGCUCAGACUGAAUCCACGCGGAUGGUGACUGACGAAACGUUUGUAAUUGGUCAGUAUGGUGAAUUAUUUCAAAGCAGAAACUUAUUGCACAGCUCAGAGGGAACCUAAAUCUGCCUCUGAUGUGGCUUGUUACAUUUUUCUGGCUCUUUUUUUAAAAUCGUUUAUUUCCAGUCAGACCUAGAAAACCAGUCAAAGCAGAGAGUUAUGGAAAGAGUCCAUACCUUGUCUCUUGAUUGUGGCCCAUCCUGCAUCCUGACAGACUGAGCGUCAGGUAUUGUGGGAUCAAACUGCAAAUAGACACACACACACACAAAAACAAUGUGAACCAGGCUUUGCCCUGCAAAUCUCCCACUAUGUCCAGUAGCAAUGUAUGCAUAUAGACUUGAGUCAAGCACUGAGCAUCCCAUGCACCGGCUACUAUAUGUACAGAGUAACACUAACAACAACAACAAAAAAAAGUUUCACACCUUUACGCAAGGACUCUUUAUAGGUGUGUGUAGCGUUUACUGACAAAAAAAAGGAAACUGCCUUACUUUCUUAACACUUAUGUUCAUACAAUUUUGUGAUAUAGGUGUAACUCAUGAUAGACCUGAAAUAACACUUUGUAAUAAUAUUUGUACGCAGUAUUUUGAGCACUUAUCUGUAAAUAUGACAAAAAUAAAAAAAGAUGUUGGACACGC